CCCUAUUACAUGGCCCUAUGAGACUAUUUAUAGCCCUUAUUACAGGUUCUUACUACUAGGGUUUUUGUUAUACAGGGGAAUUUACAUGGUUACCCUUAUGAAAGGGACAUUUACAUGGGUACAUAGUGUAAUAGAGGUUCAUGGACCCUUGAUGGGCCGUUAGGUGAUCGUCGGCCCAAUGGCCCCUAUGCUUGAUGGGCCGGAAAAGGCUUCUUCGGCCCUCGCGGGGGCAAGCUUGCUUUGGCAAAGUCGUCUCCCUUCGGCAUAUACUCUUCGUCCUGCAUCCUUCGCCCAAAUGGCCUCCGGCUUGGCAGAGUACCCGCAUGAUCCUUCGCCUCUCGCCGUCCUUGUUCCAUAGUCUUCGCCAUUGGGGGGGGGGAGGCUUCGCCCCGCCUAACUUUGACGUCUCGGGCUUGGAUCCCCACUCCUCGCAUAGCCUUCGGCAGAUUUUGGCCGAAGGGCCUCAUGCCAUACCGCCAACAAGCCCCUCACGGGCAAGGGUGAGAUUGGAGCUUCGGCCGAGAACGUGCAAACCAUGUGGUAUGUGGUAUGGUAUGUGGCGCCCCCUUUUGACCGAUGCUCCUGCCGAAACCUACAUUGUUCCACAUUGUUCCUGCAAAUAAAGUUUGUUGUCUGUGCGGCUGGUAUUGAUUUGCCGCUCUUCGCCUCAUGCAGACGGUGAUAUAUAUAUUUUUUAUUUUUACCGGGCCGAAAGGAACAGUAAUGGGCCUUCCCUUUGUGGGCUUUUUACUGUGCAGCUCGGUCGAUGGGAAUUUACCGUUUCGCCUACCCUCGCGACACGUGGCGCUUUAUUACUGGUGGGUAGGCGAAACGUCGCCUUGUUGGGCUAUAUAUGCUCCCCCGUUAUCUUUUCACCGCCAGACUUGCCACUUUCACCACUCGCGCUCUCUUCCUUCGUUCUUGCUCUCACGGCACCCCUGGGCCCUUUAGAUUUCUCGCUCACACCCCUUUUUUCGCCACUGCACACACCCUUCGCCACUUCAUACGUCCUUCGUCAUGGCUCCCCGCAAGCCUAACCCCUCUUCGGCAAAAGGGCCUGACCCCGGCCGGAUUGACGACGACACCACCGUCUAUUUAGGGAUUUCUCUCAUAGACGACGGUGAGCUGGCAAAGUUGGUCAGCUCUGGGGCGUUAGUCAAGGGAUAGGCUUUCGCCCCGGGGAAAGCCGUUGUACCGAAGCCCGUCGACAACCGGACAGUGGUGUUCGCAGUGUUUUUUGAGGCGGGGCUCCGGUUUCCAUGCAACGCGUUGUUGCCGGAGAUUCUUCGCCUUUUCCAGGUGGAGCUCCUGCAGUUGAGCCCAUCGGCGCUGGUCCGGAUCGCUAUCUUCGACUAGGCGUGCCGGACUUCCGGGUUUGAGCCAAGCGCCGAACUCUUCGGCACCAUAUUCUUUGCCACCGUGAAUUCAAAGACGGUGAUUACCCCAGCUGGAACGAAGAAGACAGUGUUCGGGAACGUAAACUUUAAUGUUCGCCCCGAGCGGUCCGAUCUCUGGCUGGUGAACGCCGCCAUGUCAAAGUGGGACCGCCAUUGGAUGGCGAGGUGGUUUUACCACACCAUCCCCUUCAAGGCUGGUUCUGACUCCGCAAAAGCCCUUCGGUGUCGGCGCAGGGCGAUUGCGCCGAACCGAAAGAUCAAGAUCGCCGUGAACGACGCUAUGGAGGCACGGUUCGCUCUACUGCGUAAGGUCUGCUCCCGCCUUAGCUGCCGCGACUUGGUGGAGGAAUUCUGCAUGCUUCGCAUAUUUCCCCUCUCCCAGUCGUGGCAAGUCGCAGUUGAGCAAGGCGAAGAGGUUGAUGGUUUGCCGAAGUUGGUUCUCCCUGAAGUGACGAACGGUAAGAUGCCCUUUCGCAAUGCACUCCUACGCUUUGUUAUUUUGCUUUGUUCGACGCUUAAUGUGGCUACACCCUUUAUUUUUGUAGUGUUGACCCUCGACCAGGCUGACACCGAAGCCCGUAGGAUGAUCGGCGACGUGUCGGUCGUCGAGUAUAGCCAACUACUAACGCGACAAGCGGCUGGCCGGGCGAACCAGGUUUACAACGGCGAAUUGCCUCCCCGAGCGAACCCCCACAAGGUCGACGACGAUGCAGGACCUUUGCGAAAGCGAACGCGCGGACAAGUAAAGCUUGCGCCCAGGAAGCGAAGGGUUCCUAUUUCGUCCGAUUCCGACGCCGACGAUGAGGACGACGUCGAAGGUCGUGACGACGAGGAGGAAGGGGAGGAAGAGGAGGAGGUUGAGGUCGUGGUCGAAAAGGCCGCGGACGAAGUGGUCGAAAACCGCGUCGACACCCCUGGCUAUACUCCUACUCCAAGCCCGGGUCACAAUGAGACCGGGUUGGAGUCGAACAACUCCCCCCUUCGUCGAAAGGAGUUGGAUGGGGUGAAGGCGCUAAUUGCGUUUUCGGCAGGCAAGGCAGCGAAGGGAGGUCCGGUCAAAAAGAUUUCCAAGAAGAAAGGACUCGUCGAUGUCGCUCGCGUCUUCAACGACGACGAGUCUUCUGACGAGACUCCGACUUCGCCCGCUGGCCACAGCCUGGACCUUUCGACCGCCCCCGUUCUUUCACUUGGCGCUGAUGGAGCAGACGGUAGCGCCGCCGCUGGGGCUUCAGCCUCCGCGGAACGGAUCGUGACAGCUGCGGCGAGGGUCUUCGGUAGCCCUUUGCGUCAGCCGGUUGUUUCGCCGCUAGUCAAGGCGAAGGGGAAGGGUGCGACCGUUGAAACAUCUGCUUCAGAGUAUUCCCUUGCGGCGCCCCAUUUCGCCCCUGGCAAUUUCGAGACCCGGGCAUACCUUAUUCCCUUUGUGGAGGGAGUAAGCAAUCUUGUCUUACCUGCCAGCACCCCGAGCCUAUUCACCGAACUGAAUGAGUUCGAUGAGGGGUGUUCUGCUAUUAAAAGCUUGGCGGUUCGGAUUCUUACAGCUCACUGUUCGACAGAGCGAACCGUGCGGGCUCGUCUUGACGGAUUUAAGAACCGUCUUUGGGCCAAGGAUGACAAAAUAGGCCGCAAGAACUUGGAGAUGGAGGCCCUCGCCAACACCCUGAAAGAGGCGAAAGCCGAAAACAAGCGGCUCCAAUCCGAGUUGGAGAAAGGAAGAGAGGCUAGGGCCGAGGUCGAUCGCCUCAAGGCCAAACUGAAGAAAGGGAGAGAAGCCAUAGCUGAGGUUGAUCGCCUCCAGGCCGAAUUAAGGAAAGAAAAGGCCCAUUCCGCCGUGCUGACGGAUUAUUAUAACCUUACUGAGCCAAAGAUGGAGGCUCUUCGCCUGGAGGUCAGCAAGGCCGAAGCGAGCGCUGUGGAGGAGUCGCAGCGGUUUUCGCGGGAGAUGGUGAAAACUACCGAAUCUGCAAGAACGGCGUGCCAAACGCUUCGCCUCGCCCUUACUGACAUGGGUGCAAAAGUGCGAGGGGUCCCUACCGAAGAUGCCUCGGCCUUCAACUUCUCCGAGUGGACCCAGCAGGCUGGUGGUUCGGUUUCGGACUGCGCCACUGCGUACGGCGAUUGCUGUGCGCGUGUAUCAGUGGCCUUUACUAUGGGUCUCCUGCAAUAGUUCGGCUGCGAGCACGUCGCCGAGUUCCCUAACUAUGCGAAGGGGGACUGGGAGAUUAGUGCGCAGGACAUUUUGCCUGCACUUCGUGCGUGGCGGAAACAGUUCUGGCAGAAGGACGGCCAGUCCACCGCCAAGGCGCGCCUUUUGGAGCAACUAGCGAAGGCAGAGGCGGCAGACCUUUGCGAAGAAGAGGACGCGGCGGCUGAAGGGGUUGGAGGCGAUGCCCAGGAUCACCCAGAGGUGUAAGGCCCUCCGCCCUUUCCUUAGAUUUUUGUAUUUUUCCUUCUUCUUUUUGUGUUCGCUAGGAGUGGCGAACGAUGUGUAUUUGGUGGGCUGCCGCUAACCUCCUUAUUGUAGCCGAAAAAGGGGCCCUUGGAUAUUUUGAAUAUAUAUGACUCACUCUUAGCCACUUUUUGAUGGUCGAAGUCUUUGGCGUAUUUAUGAUUACGCCCAUUUCACAUUAUGCAAUACUUUUUUCUUUUUUCGCCUAUUCUUACUAUGCAAUUCGCCUUUUGCCCUUUUUGCACUGUCUACCAGGGUGUUCGCCGAAAGUUGUGCAUUCGGCCCCCUUCUGGGAGUUGGCGAUAUCAAAACGAGAAAUUUGUGGCAUUAAAGGAUUUGCCAAAGGUGCGAUGCCCAUUUCGGCCUGUUUAUCGUGAAAUGGUGAUAAACGGACGCAUCUAUAAGGUUUUUAAGGUUGCCGGGUGGCUUUGGGCGCACCCUGGGCGAACCUUAGAAGACUACGAUAUUGUUCAUUCAAGACGUUUGGAGGACAUGGCUCGCUUUGGGCGAAACCAUCAGAAGACAGUUCGGCAGGAGGCGAUCUCCCAGCGUCGUUACAGUCUAGUCUGUAUUUCGCCCCCUUCUCCUCUUAGGGUUGUGUAUGAUAUUAGUAGUGAUGAUGAACCUAGUUCGCCCGAUCACUCCUUAGAAAGAGAGAGAUCGCGGGGGCGAAGAUGUAAUUUAUCUGUAAGCCGGGCUGUAACGCCAUUGCUCCUUUUUCUUCAUUUGUACCAUUGUGAUGUAUUCCUCGAUACAUUUUUAUUUAAAAUCAAUAAAGGUGCGUUUUAUUUC